AUGCCCGACGAAACUGGGGCUGACGAGGUGAAAAAGGAUGAGGCAGUCCCCGAUCUGUAUUCUUAUGUCGGGACAGAUGGCCGGACAUAUCAGGGCUACAUGCCAGGAGACUUCUCUCAUGAGAUCUACCGGCUCAUACUCGACAACAAACUGGCUGAUGCCCCAAUUCGAUCUCCAGAAUACGCUCUUGACAUCGGAACAGGAACAGGUAUCUGGGCCCUGCAAUUCGCCGAAGACAACCCGACAUGUCAGGUCAUCGGAACAGAUUUGAGUUCCAUCCAGCCAUUGUCUUGGAUGCCAAACUGCCAAUUCGUACAGGAGAAUUCGGAGCUGCAGGACUGGGUGUUCCCUUACAAGUUCGACUACAUCCACUUGCGGGGGACUAUAGCGUGUUUUAAUGACGUGACAACAAUAAUGCGCAAGGCGUUCGACGGCCUCGCGCUGGGCGGCUGGAUCGAGUUUCAAGACGCCUGCUUUGAGAUAAGUGGAGUUGAGUGCGGCAGCCUGCAUGGAACGGCGAUGGAGCGCUGGAGCCGACUCGUGCCUAAAGGAGCGGCAGCUCUGGGCCGUGACCUUGCAAAAGCUAAGCUGUACAAGGUGCAGUUGGAAGAGGCUGGGUUUAUAGAUGUCCACGAGCGGGUCAUCCACGUUCCUGGUGGACCCUGGCCUUCAGGGGAUAAAGCAAAGCUUAUCGGCGUCUAUACGGCCAAUGCGUUCCACACGGGCGUGGUGGACAGCUUCAAGAACUUUCUUCUUGCUGCGGGAGAGAUGUCCUCGGUCGAAGUAGACAGUCUGACUACUCAGGUCAAGAAUGACAUCCGAGAUGCGAAUAUCAGGUGGUACAUUCCAAUGUGA